AAAUACCGAUUAUUCUUAGCAAGUAUGUAGUGUGUAUUUAAAUUUCAAUACUUUACUUUUUUAGUUUUCUUUUCUAUCUUUCUAAUUCUUGUCGUAUGCGGAUAAUUUUUAUUUUUUAAGCAUUUUCAAAAUUUCCCGUAAAAUGUCAACAAUAGAAAUACACACGAUUGAAGGCAAUUGGACCGAUUUACCGCUGCAUCAAGUACUAUAUGAAUGGAUUGUGAAAAAUAUGAGUAUACCCAGCGAUAUGAGUACGAUUGUGGCAUAUAUUGGUUUGUUUUUAAUAGGCUGGUAUUCAAUCGUGUGGGUGACACGUUUUAUUAUGACUAUUAUAUGGCCAUUGUUUUUGAUAGCAUCGGCAAUUAUAGUCUUUCGUAUACUACAAUUUUAUGAACCAGAGGACAUAGCGGACAUAGUUUUCAAAUCACUUACAAUUGUGGCGGACACUUUAGUCUUGAUAUUGGGAAAAAUUUUGGAGUUUUGUUUAAAAAUAUUUGAAUAGUGUUUCUUUCCCAAUAGAAAUACAACCCUAUGAUAGUAGAAAAAUGCUCUAAAAGAAAAACUCAAUAAUUUAUAUUGUCAAAAAUAAAAAUUGAAAUUAUUUUAUAAAAAUUAUUAACGUAAAUAAAUUUUAAG